CGUAGAGUGUCGUGUUUUGUUGUCGCGGUUCGGCUUGUAUUUCGCAUUCGAUCGCACAUUUUAAGUUUUUGUUUUGGGAAGGUUUUCCUUACCCACAGACACACUCACACAAACACACAGACACGCCGACAUGCCGAGUCGGCGGCAGAACAGUAGAGGAAAACAUAACAAAUAGGGCGCAAGCACCUUGGCCGGUGUUGUUGUUGGCCGCAAGUUAGUGUUUUGUUGUUCUGCGAAAUUCGUCAAGCUUAAGCGCUGGAUAGUUCUACCACUAGGCGGUGAAGAGUGCGAGCAGAGUGCGUGGGUGAUUUUGGUGGUGUUGUAUACAAAUUCCGGUGACCGGUGGGCCGCGCGCGCGCGUGGCAAAUUAGUGACCGCCGUGUUGUAGAACACACAAACACAGGAACUUCUGUGUGCUGGAUCCCGUCAAUUGGCCGUAACUCAAGUAGGCAGCCAAUCAAACUGGUUUACUCAAAAGAUAAAACACGUUUCUUAAUUAAGCCUUUUAAAUAAAUUAAUUCGUAUAAUUUGCUUUUCAUUUCAAACAUACAAAACAAUUCUUGUCGAAUAAUCUCAGCUUUAAAUAUAUCUUUUAGUGUUGAUAAUUGAAUUAUAAUUAUUACUCUUUUUAAUGGAUCAAUUUCCUUUUUGAUUUGAUUCUUUCUUUUCUAGGGAACAUUUUUGUUGUUGUUUUUAUUUUCUCUCUUUUAGUUAAUUUAUUAUUGUUUCCAUAAUGUGAAUACAAAUUGAGAUUCUAAGAAAUCCAACACUAAAAAGUGCACAAAACAGACUUUUCGAAAAAGGAAGCCCCACCCAUAUGUAGCCCAAAUGUUUCCGCGAACGACAUUCCGAUGCACUGGCAUCUGAAGGGCUCCCAGAACCCUCCAGAAUCGGCGCAACCGGCGGGAGAGGAGUGCAACCAGCCCUACAAGGACCUGCGAUCUGGCAACUGGAAAAUGACAAAUUUGAACAAACUCAAGGUGGUAGUCAUUGGCAGCUCCAAAGUGGGAAAAUCAGCCGUCACCGUGCGAUACCUGACCAAACGCUACAUCGGCGAGUACAGCUCAUCGCGGGAUUUCGUCUACCGACACGGAGUCAUCUACGACAAUGUUACAACCGAGGUGGAGAUCUUGGACACGUCCAAAUGUGAUAAACGAGGUUGCCUGUACGAGCAUCUUCGCUGGGGCGACGCGUUCGUCGUGGUGUACUCCAUCUGUGAUAAGGCCAGCUUCGAGGAGGCCGCUGAUUAUUUGCAGCAGCUGACCAAGCUCAAGCUGCCCUCGUACUACACGAUCCUGCUGCUGGGCAACAAGAGCGAUCUGGACCACGCGAGGGAAAUCUCCGUCAACGAUGGCCAGGAGCUGUCCUUCCGCUACUCGUGCCAAUUCUACGAGGUGUCUGCGGCGGAAAAUUUCGCCGGAGUUUCGCUCGCGUUCCAGUCGCUAAUUAGGGAGGCCCGCUCGACGCAGCUCUUUCGGGCCCUGCCCCUGCGGAGAAAACUGGGCGUCAACUCGGUGUCCAAGGCCCUCGGGAACAUCUUCGGCAAGAACAGCAAGGGCGAGCGCAAGAAACGGCCCUCGCUCAGCAUAUGACCGAUGACUAUGAUGCCGACCACGACGGCAGAACUUUUUUCCUAUUAAUUAGCUAAAGUAGACUUUAGUUUUGAUAGCGCCUGUAAAUAUAGCUUUUUGUACAGAGUUAAGGCUAAUGUUAAGACCAUUCGUUAGAAGAGAUAAGAUAAAUGAAAAUAUUUACGACAACCAUUCCAGAGUUGAACAUGUGCCAUUUCAUGGCCAAUUGCAUGUACAAAAGAUUUUGUAAAUGAUUAGAGUUAAGACAUGCUCUCUACAAACUGAUUAAACUGACAACUAUUUUAACAACAUCCUGGCAAAAGAACAGGGAACACCAAUCGUUCCUAUUUCAUUUAGAGUUAAGUUGAAAAUUCAAUUUGCAAAAAGACAACGGAAUUACAAAAUUUUGAUUGGA